GCAGCGUGGGAUAAGAGUGGCAUUUUCUUGUCUCAAGAUAAUUACCUCAGUCUGGUAAAUGACAAUCAAAGUCUCAAAAAUCGUAUCGAAGAAUUGCAAAUAACGGUUCGGACUCAGGAAGAGAUGCGGGAAAAGGACCGUCGCGUGGUUGAAGCAUACAAGACGUCUCAACGAUCAAUGGCUCUGGAUUUCGAGGCAAAAACCGAAGAAUUCAGGGCCGUUCAGACGUCAUUCAGCCAGUCAGCUCAGGUUCUAAUGAACACGUUCAUGGAAGACAAGGCCAAGGAACUUGCAGACGGUCAAAAGUACGUUGAGGAUAAUCUGAACAAGUUUGUCGAACUCACGCAAACGCUGCUGGGAGGUGCUGUGGAAAUGAGCGAUUCGGCAAAACAGUCUUUUGCCGAGAUUACACGGCAAUUCAUAGAAUUUCGCACGACAAUCUCUUCAAAGUAUCAGGAACAGCUUUCCGCUUCAGAAAAUUUGAUACAGAACCUACGAGACGAAUUAAAGCGACAUUUUGACAAAAUAAGCGCAGUCCACAAACAAACCGACACGGACAUAUCUGCUAUUGUCGAAACAGCCGAGAUUCACAUCGACGGCAUCAACUCUUCGAUAACAUCCAUAAAAAAUAGUGCCAAUGAUCAUGCCCAGGAAGUGAUCAAACGGCGAGAAGAAGAGGCUACGCGUCUUGAGAAAGUGACUGAGGAGAGGAGACGGAUGAUGGAAUCGAUUCAAGAAGAAAUAAUAAGUAAAAUGAAGGC